AUGAGCUUCGGGAGCAAGUCUUCUGUGAGCUGCGCAGACGCUCGUUGGCCGGUUAGACCAAGCUACAAGUGGCCGGAGUCCGACGCCGAGUUCGUGAAGUCGAUGGCAGGAAGAAGGGGUGAAAGAGGCAGCCAUCGCGAUGGGAGGAAGAAGUGGAGUCCGAGUCCGAUGGUGGUGGAUAGCUAUUCCUGCCGGCAGAUGUACCUGAGGAGCUACACCUUCUCCAAGGAGGAGACUGUCACGGAGAAGGCACGGCAGUGCCUCGGGAAAGUCAAGGAGCGAGCUGCUCUUCUGUUCCCUUUUCUCCAGCAGAAUUCUGAGAGCGGCAAUGAAAUGAACGGACGUAACAGCAGGAGGAAGAAGAAGAAGAAGAAGGGUUGCGGAACAGACAGGGAGCUGAGAGAGAUCUCCUACUCGGCACUGUUCUCCAUUUUCUACCGACUCCUCUUGUGCACCGCUGGCGUCGAAGUUGCUGACCGAAGAUAA